AAUUCAAAGAAGAAAAAAAAGGGAAUUUCGAAUUCUUCCUCCCCUCACACACGUCAAAACCGUUCUCCCCUCUCUCCCCACUCCCUUAAAUCUCUCCCACAUCCAAACCACUCAUCCCUUUAAUUUAAUCACCCAACCAAUUCAUUAUGCCUAUUCUACACGUCCUCUGCAGCAAGAAAACCAAGCCUUCUUCUUCACAACUUCAAUUCAAGAAAACCAGAAUUAAAAUCGGGAAAAGAUUCAUCAUCUACUCUUUCAAAAUCCGUCUGCAAAUUGAAGAACUUACCUUCGGGGAGGAAAUCGGGGCGGAAUCGGGGGCUGACCGGAGGCAGCACCUCCCGGCAGCGACGGCGGUGUGCGCGGGGCAGCGGCAUCGCGAUAUCGAUCCCGGUACAGCAGCAGCAACGACGCAGCGGCUAGGUCCAGUGCAGCAGCCUCCUCCCGACGGCAGCAGCAGCUCCUCCCGGCGACGGCUGCACGACCACCGGCAGCGGCACUCCCCGGCUGGAUCGAACAACGACAGCAGCGACGACGUGAUUCCCACAGCAGCGGCGGCCGGCGAAGGGUGA